AUGCCAGCUGAACCACUUGAAGAAGGAGUCGAUCAACUCACUCAAUACCGCGAAAGAUGCGCUGAUCACGCCGCCAACUUCAAAGCCAUUCUUGAUGAAUGCAAUGAUCGUGUCAACAGCCGCACAGCCACCGAAGAAACUUGUCAUCAAGAAAUGGCUGAUUAUGUUCACGAACUUGAUCAUUGCGCUAUGCCAAAAACUUUCGCCAGCCUUAAGUAAACUGGAUUGGAUUGAUUUUCAAAUAUUUUUAAUUGAAAUAGUCUUCCUUUUAUUUUUUUUUAUUAUGUAUUUUCUUUUCUCUUUUCCGUAAUUCUUUAGUGUUGAAAAGUAAAUGAAUAAAUAAAAAAAUUUCAGGGUACCCCAGACGCAUCGUCACAACAAUGCCGUCAGACGCGAAGAAGGCUAGAGAAGCUGCGAAGAAAGCAGCUGCCAAAUCUUCGAAAGGAGGAAAAAAUGCUAAAAAAGUCGAGAAACCGGAAGCCACAGUUCCACCACCACCAGCAAUUGAUGGAGAAAUCGAUGAAGCUGCUGCCACAUUGGCCAAAAUUGAGUUGGAAAAUGCGCAAGCUCGAUCGGUUGCCGGUUCUUUGACUUCGGAUCCAAAAGGUCUUGAUCAUAAGGUCGAAUCCUUGACGGUGAGUAAUUUGAAGAAAUAAAAAUAGCUACUUUGAGAUUUCGAGAAAAAACCGAUUAUUCCGAAUCACUCAAAAAUUUUUAAUUGUUUUUCACCAAUAAUUCGUCUGAUUCUAGAUUUGAAAAAAUGAAUUUUUCUAUUUGUUAGGAAAGUUCACGUUUUAAAUUUCAAAAUUUCUUAUUUUUUAGCUUUAAAAUCUAAUUUUCAAUAAUUAUAUUUUCAGAUCACCUUCCACGGUCGUGAGAUUGUCGUCGAUACAACUUUGGAAUUGAACAGAUCUCGUAGAUAUGGUUUAAUUGGGUUGAACGGAUCUGGAAAAUCAACAAUUAUUCAGGCGAUUUAUAACAAAGAAAUGCCAAUUCCAGAAGGAGUAGAUAUGUAUUUGGUAGGUUGCUUUUCCCAAAAAAAAUUUCAAAAAAUACCUUCAAUUCUUCAGGUAUCCCGAGAAAUGCCAGCUAGUGAAAUGACAGCUCUUCAAGCCGUUAUUGAUGUUGAUACAGAAAGAAAAGAACUCGAACAUUUAGCUGAACAUCUUGCUUCAAUGACUGAUGAUGAAAGUCAAGAGAAAUUGAUGGAUAUUUAUGAGCGUUUAGAUGAAAUGGAUUCUGCGUUGGCUGAAAAACGUGCUGCUGAAAUUCUUCACGGUCUCGGUUUCACUAAAACUAUGCAAAUGAAAAAAUGCAAAGAUUUUUCGGGAGGAUGGAGAAUGAGAAUUGCUUUGGCACGUGCUCUUUAUUUGAAACCUAGUAUUUUGUUGCUCGACGAGCCAACAAAUCAUUUGGAUUUGGAAGCUUGUGUAUGGUUAGAAGAGGAAUUAGCGCAAUAUCCAAGAACUUUGUUGAUUGUGUCGCAUUCGCAAGAUUUUAUGAAUGGUGUUUGUAAUAGUAUUAUUCAUUUGUUCCAAAAGAAAUUGGUCUAUUAUGGAGUGAGUUUUUCAGAAGGAACUAUCCAUCUCGUUUAGGAUUCUUUUCUCAGAAUCCAAGAAAAAUUUGAAUAGUUUAAUUUUUCAUAACUUAUAGCUCGAAAACUGUUUUAUUUUAAGAUCUCAAGCACUUCUCCUGAAAGUGUGUAUUUCAUAUUUUUAAAUCACAAUUUUUCAGGGUAACUACGACCAAUUCGUGAAAACUCGUGACGAAUUGCUUGAAAAUCAACAAAAACGCUACAAUUGGGAACAAUCUCAACUCCAAAAUAUGAAAGAUUAUGUCGCUCGAUUCGGUCACGGUUCAGCAAAACUCGCUCGACAAGCCCAAUCCAAAGAAAAAACAAUGGCAAAAAUGAUUGCUGGAGGAUUGACUGAAAAAGCGGUGACUGAAACUGUCAAACAAUUCUACUUUUUUGAUGCUGGAGAAAUUCCACCACCAGUUAUCAUGGUUCAACAUGUUUCGUUCCGGUAUAAUGAGAAUACUGUGAGUUUUUUUUCUGAGUGAAAGUUUUUGUAAAAAACUGGAAAAUCAAUACUCUUCUACAACUUAUAUUUUUUCAGCCAUGGAUCUACAAAAACAUCGAUUUCGGAAUUGAUCUCGAUACAAGAAUCGCGUUGGUUGGACCAAACGGAGCUGGAAAAUCGACAUUGUUGAAAUUGUUGUGUACCGAUGUUAUGCCAACUGAUGGUUUAAUUCGAAGACAUUCGCAUUGUAAAAUCGGAAGAUAUCAUCAGGUAAAUAUUUUGUUAAACACAACGAAGAAACUAGAAAUUUUUAUUUACUUUGACAUCAAUGCAAAAAGGACAAAAAUUAUUAACAAUAGUAUAA